CAAGUUACGAUUCAACUUGCUUAAACUACCAAAAAGUGACACGCUACUUUCUUUACUUCGUAGACUGAUAUAUGUACUUGAAUAAUACCCCGUUAAAUGCUUGUUUUGCCCUUUGUGUUGGUACAGCCAUCUCAGCUAGAGCACAAGACCCUUGGUGGUGGUUAAUGCGACGUCACACUACACUCAUGAAUUACCUUGGUGGGUAUUUAGAUAACAAUAUCCAAGCAAUACACACACAUUAACUUCCGACAACUGCUACUCAAAAUGCCCGCCAUGGACUCUGCCAUUGCUAAGGCUCUUUCACUGGAAGAGCCCUUGCCAGAAAUGGAGGUGCUUGGUGGCUCUGGCUUUUCAUCCACCUACAAGAUAACGAGCAAAGUGGACGGCGAGACGAAAACCUACUUUGUAAAAACGGGCGGCCCUAGUUCGAAAACAAUGUUUGCUGGCGAGCAUGCCUCUUUGAAUGCCAUCCAUAACGCAGUGCCGUCCUUCUGUCCUCAAAGCUAUGGUCACGGCGCCCUCUCUACCGGAGGCUACUUCCUCGUCACCGACUUCCUCAAUCUAGGCUCCUCAAAAGCCAAACCAUCCGGUCUUUCAUUCGCCCAGAAACUAGAAAAGCUACACCGUACGUCAGCUCCAGUUCCUGAUGGCCAUUCAAGCCCCCAAUUCGGCUUCUCUGUGCCCACAUGCUGUGGCAACACAGAGCAGCCCAAUGACUUCACUAGUUCUUGGAGUGACUUCUACGCAAACCAACGCUUGAGAGCUAUUUCCAAAGCCUGUGAGAAGGCCAAUGGCAAGGAUGAGGAACUUAGUAAGCUGAUUGAGCAGACGGCGUCUGUUGUUGUGCCGCGCUUGCUCAAAGACGGACAUCUCAAGUCUCAUUAUGGGACCCCGAUUGCGCCGGUUGUGGUGCAUGGGGACCUGUGGAGUGGGAACCACGGCAUAGGGAGCAUUAAUGAUGGGCCUGUUGAGCAAGUUGUGUAUGAUCCUAGUUCGGCAUACGCGCACAGCGAGUUCGAGAUGGGAAUUAUGAAGAUGUUCGGUGGUUUUGGUGGCGUGUUGGAGGAGUAUCGUGAGUUAAAGCCGGAAGAUCUACCAAAGGAGGAAUAUGACGAUAGAGUGGAGUUGUACGAGCUAUAUCAUCACCUUAAUCACAAUGCUAUUUUCGGCGGAGGGUAUAGGUCUCGCGCGCUCGCCAUAAUGGAAAGACUGAACAAGAAAUAUGGAAAAUAAACCCGCGCAAUGGCCGGCUACUACUACGAAUUAAGGCGCAGUUAAACCGUAGAGAGAGAAUGGGAGACAGGUGUAGAAUAGAGUUAUCAAGCAGG